AUGAGCACGCUAAUUGAAAACCUGCACAACAAUAACGUCAUCUUUAGUUAUUACGGUUUUAUUGAUGACAAAGUUUUAGGUGAAGUUUUACAGAUCACCAAAAGCAAACUCGAAGGCACGGCGAUGGCUCAGCAAAAGCCGGCCUGGGACACUACGAGGUAUCAAAAAUUCAGAUCAAAUCUGAUGGGCAUUGGUGAAAGCGCCAUUGCAGAAAUUGUAGAAAGCUGGGAAGAUGCCCUUGCAUCUAAAAACAUAAAACUAGCUUACCUUCCACAGCCGGGCUCGGUACGACUUCGUCUCUCUUCCUAUGGAGACACAAUGGAAAAACUUAGAACAACGAUAGACGCAGAAGUAGAAAAAUUGAAGCCACUUAUUGGCAGCUACAUUUUUGGUUACGAAAACUACGGAGAAGAACCGCCCACUCUUGAAAUUUUAAUCAGCAACCUUUUACGCGAGCGCAAACAGACUCUGGCCCUGGCGGAAAGUUGUACGGGUGGAUAUAUUUCGUCGUUGUUCACCGCCAUUCCCGGAGCAUCCGAGAUCUUCAAAGGUGCCAUUGUGCCUUAUACCAAUCUUUCAAAACAUGAACUUUUACAG